UGAGUGGAAAUAAUUAGUGUAAAAAUAACCUCUUUUUCUCUCCUUGCGUCCGGUAUUGAAGUGUGGUUCCAUUGGCGGUGGUUUGCGAUGGCAAUACGCUCAAAUUCACGGAGAGUUUUCAAUUCCGUUUACCGAUACAUUUCAUCUUCAUCUCGUUCUUCUUCCACUCACUGUAAACCCUUUCCACCUCCUCCUGUUGUUUCUUCUCGAAGAGUAGUUGUCACUGGUUUGGGUAUGGUGACACCUCUUGGUUGUGGAGUGGAUAAAACAUGGAACCAAUUGAUUGAUGGAAAAUGUGGGAUAAGAGCAUUACGUUUGGAGGAUCUCAAGAUGAAUAGUUUUGAUUCAGAAACUCAGUUGACUACAUUUGAUCAAUUGACUUCCAAAGUUGCCGCUGUUGUUCCCACAGGAACCAACAAGGGCGAAUUCAAUGAGGAACUUUGGCUUAAUUCUAAGGAACAUCGAUCAAUGACAAGGUUUGUAGCAUAUGCGCUAUGUGCUGCUGAGGAAGCUCUUAGAGAUUCUAAUUGGUUUCCCACUGAGCAGGAACACAAGGAAAGAACGGGGGUGUCUAUUGGUGGGGGAAUUGGAAGCGUUAGUGAUAUGUUAGACUCUGCACAACUGAUAUGCGAGAAGCGUCUUCGUCGACUUAGUCCAUUUUUUGUCCCACGGAUAUUGAUCAACAUGGCAUCAGGUCAUGUUAGCAUGAAAUAUGGGUUCCAGGGGCCAAAUCAUGCUGCAGUCACUGCUUGUGCUACUGGAUCACAUUCUAUUGGUGAUGCAAUGAGAAUGAUUCAAUUUGGGGAUGCAGAUGUUAUGGUGACUGGAGGGACUGAGUCGAGCAUUGAUGCAUUGUCAAUUGCAGGAUUCUGCAGGUCCCGAGCCUUGACUACAAAGUAUAACUCAAUGCCACAGGAAGCAUCACGGCCAUUUGACAGUGGCCGAGACGGGUUUGUGAUAGGAGAAGGUUCUGGAGUCUUGGUCUUGGAGGAACUUGAGCAUGCUAAAAAUCGAGGAGCCAAAAUCUAUGCAGAGAUUCGUGGCUAUGGGAUGUCAGGGGAUGCAUAUCACAUUACUCAACCUCCUAGUGAUGGGAGAGGUGCCAUUCUGGCCAUGACUCGUGCUUUAAGACAGUCAGGUCUUCAUCCUUCUGAUGUAGAUUACAUAAAUGCACAUGCUACAUCGACACAUUUGGGUGAUGCAAUAGAAGCUAAUGCUAUCAAAACCGUAUUCUCUGACCAUGCUAGCUCUUCUGCUUUAGCCUUCUCCUCCACCAAGGGGGCUAUUGGUCAUCUCCUAGGAGCUGCUGGAGCGGUUGAAGCAAUUUUUUCUGUUUUAGCAAUACGGCAUGGAAUUGCUCCAUUAACUCUUAAUUUAACAAAGCCAGAUUCUGUAUUUGGUGAUGGUUUCAUGCCGUUGACUGCUUCAAAGGAGAUGCCGAUUAGAGUAGCUAUGUCAAACUCUUUUGGUUUUGGAGGAACAAAUGCUUCCCUACUUUUUGCCUACUCUGGAUCCGAAUAAUAAAACAGAUGCAUCUAAUUUAUUCUACUGGCGUUGUUCUAAAAGAGCUGACGCAUCAUGCUGAGGAGAGUUUAAUGUCCUAAAGGCCUGUUGUUUUUGCUCAUCAGUUCUUCAAUGUGAUUAGCUUUUAGUCAUUCAAAACCCUAAUUGCACUGUGGUGCGAUCUAUCCAUGAUGUAUAAUUCUAAAUAGAUCAGGAUGCUUGGGUUGAACUUUGAACUACACAAAUUUUGUUUCGUAAUUUUACGAAGGUUGAUAUGGAAUAAAUGUUUUGAUGUAAAAAACCAUUAUUGUUUGAUGAUGUAUACAAUAUUUUUUUAGUAAAAUACUAAGUGACUGUUUGGUCUA